CGUGCUUAUACUGUAAAUUUCCGUGUUGAAAAUUGUAUGAACGACCUUACUUUCCGUGGUGCAUUUGUAUUUUAAGUGCAGGAAAUUACAGAAAAAUGGAUAACUCAUCCAUCAGUGAAAUAGAUCGAACAGCAGUGUUGGUAUCCCAACUUGCACAGAUGUGCAUGAAUGCUGACAAUGCGGACGUCACCUUUAUCGUGAAGGCCGAGCAUCUACCAGCACAUCGGAUCAUACUGGCGACCAGGAGUGAAUACUUCCGGGCAAUGUUAUACGGUGCACUGAAGGAGUCAAAGCAGAACGAAAUUGCACUCGAUGUUCCGGUAGAAGCAUUCAAGUUUUUGAUUAAAUAUAUCUACACCGGCCGUUUGUCGCUAAAGCAGAUGAAGAACACCGACAUUCUAGAUAUACUUGAGUUAGCUCAUCAGUAUCUGUUUGUCAAGUUGCAGAAGGCUAUAACGGAAUACCUUUGCAAAGUUAUUUGCAUGGACAAUGUGUGCGUUAUUUUAGAAACGGCCCAUUUACUAGACCUUACCAAAUUAUCUUCUACGUGCUACACAUUUAUGGACAAAGAAUGCUUGCCGCGUCAUGCAGUCGGAUAAGUUCCGUAGCAUAUCCAAUGAGGCCCUGUUCGGUUUAUUAAAGCGGACGACUUUUUUCGCUGAUGAAGUCGAAAUCUUCAAAGCAGUUCAUCAUUGGUGCCGAUUCAAUGAAGCAAAAUCAGAUAAAGCUGAGAAGCUCUAUAAUCAGGUACGGUUUAUGCUGAUGUCUCAGCAUGACCUGUUGAAUGUGGUGCGGAGUGCAAAUGUCCUGGAUCUGAAUCGUCUGUUGAAUAUAAUUGCUGAGAAAGAAAAGCCAUCGGAAUUGCCUCAUCGAGCUUCAUCCUUGCUAGGGAUGACUCUACUCAACGAUAUGAUUAAGUGUUACUUCUCAGCUGCAAAAUCAUGG